ACUAGCCGUUGUAGCCUGCUUUUACCCAAAAAAAACCCUAACCCAAUUUCUGCAGAUUCAAUCCCAUUCCAUCAGUUUCUCUCAUAAAACAUUACCUUCUCUAUCAUCAACCAUAACCCCAACCCCAUCUUUUUCUUUGUUGAUUGAGCCAAACCCUAGUUUGCAGAAUUGAAAUUCGCUUAUUCCUCUCUCCCAAUUUUUUUUUUCCUUUUUCUUGAAAGAUCUUCAAAACAUUUUCUAUAGAUUCAGACUUGAAAGUUUUUCAUAUGGCUUCAAGAACAGCAUCCAAAGACAUCAUCACUCUCCGUGGAUCGGCCGCCAUUGUUAGUGAAUUCUUUGGUUAUGCUGCCAACAGUAUUCUAUAUAACCGCGGAGUUUAUCCGGAAGAAAGUUUUGCCAAGGUGAAGAAGUAUGGGCUUCCAAUGUUGCUCACUCAAGAUGAGGGUGUCAAAACCUUCAUUGCUAAUCUAAACGCUCAGCUUUCUGAGUGGCUGGAAAGUGGCAAGUUACAGAGGGUAGUUCUGGUGAUAAUGAGCAAAUCUACCAAUGAGGUCUUAGAGAGGUGGAAUUUCAGCAUUGAGACCGACAGCGAAGUCGUUGAGAAAGGUGUGUCGAGGGAGAAGAGCGACAAAGAGAUUAUGAGAGAGAUACAAGCAAUUAUGAGACAGAUAGCAUCCAGCAUUACAUACUUGCCAUGCCUUGAUGAACCCUGUGUUUUUGAUGUUUUGGCAUACACUGAUAAGGAUGUUGCAGUGCCGUUCACCUGGAUUGAGAGUGACCCAAAACUGAUUUCCAAUCCACAAAUGGUGAAAUUGCAUUCAUUUGAUACCAAGAUUCACAAGGUGGACACUCUGGUAUCAUACAAGAACGACGAAUGGGAUGAUGAGCAAUGAGAGCAACCCGCUCUUCAUAGUGUGUCUGGUUGUCUGUGUUUUUCAAUUAAUCUGUGAAAUGUUAGUAGUGGAAUUAAUGCUUUGAAUUGUUGAUUCAAAAUUUGAGAGUUUUAAGCGCUGAGAACAAUCAGAAAUAUGGUGUUACUGAUUUUUGUAUCCAUGUGUGUGGAUGGUUAACAUGGAAUUAAAAACGUUUAAGCAGAUUUCAACUUGUUUUGUUUGCUUU